GUUUUCAUAUCAUUUCCCAUUAAAUAACAUAUUCACUAGUGUAGGUUAUUCCUAUAUAUACCCUUCCUCAAAACAAACCUACUCCUACCUUUUCUUAACUAUCUUCUCUAUUUCAUUCUUCUUUCUCGUGUGUCUCUAACCAUCUUCACUCUUCAUAACUAAACCAAAACUAUUUAGUAUUUACUUUACUUUCUUCGCACUAACUAAAGUUAGUUAGUUAUAACAGAAAAACAAACCAAGGUUAGUUAGUUACUAACAGAAAAUGGAAGGAGGUAGUUGCACAGAUGAAACCGCCACAAGCAAUGACUCAAUUUCUGUAUCUCUCAUUCCGGCGAAGCUAUCUCCACCGCCGCCGAGCACACUCGUUCGCCUUGGCAGCGGUGCCAGCGCCGAGAGUUGCGGCGUCUCCGGCGAGGCCGAAUCUCGAAAACUCCCGUCGUCGAAACACAAAGGCGUGGUGCCACAGCCGAACGGGCGUUGGGGAGCACAGAUUUACGAGAAGCAUCAGCGCGUGUGGCUUGGUACCUUUAACGAAGAAGACGAAGCCGCAAGAGCCUACGAUAUCGCCGCCUUGAGGUUCCGCGGAAAAGACGCGGUAACGAAUUUCAAGAACCUCACCGGCGCAGGUAAUGAUGCUGAUGACGCUGAAACAGAUUUUCUCAACUCGCAUUCCAAAUCCGAAAUCGUCGACAUGCUCCGGAAACACACCUACGACGAUGAGCUCCGACAGAGCAUGCGCGGCACGUGUGGUGGAAGGCAGCGGCGUAACGGAGAAUUGGAUGCUGCAGCGUCACGAGGCGCGUGUGAUGCUAAAGCGCGUGAACAUCUGUUCGAUAAAACGGUUACGCCGAGUGACGUUGGGAAGUUGAAUCGGUUGGUGAUACCGAAACAGCACGCGGAGAAACACUUUCCAUUAGGUGCCGGUUCUGUUUCCGUUGCAGUCUCCGUCGAAGGGAUCUCGCCGUGUGUUGCGGCGGCGAAGGGUUUGCUUUUGAAUUUCGAAGACGUUGGAGGGAAAGUGUGGCGGUUUCGUUAUUCUUAUUGGAACAGUAGCCAAAGCUACGUGUUAACAAAAGGAUGGAGCCGGUUCGUUAAGGAGAAAAAUCUUAGGGCCGGUGAUGCGGUUCGGUUCUUCAGAUCGACCGGACCGGACAGGCAGCUUUACAUAGAUUGCAAAGCCAGAAGCAAUGGUGUCGUCGGUGUCGGUAUUGGUGAAGUUAAUAAUAAUAUUUGCGAUUUGUUUGUUCCGGUCCGACCGGUAGUUGAACCGGUUCAGAUGGUUCGGCUUUUCGGGGUGAAUCUUUUGAAACUACCUGGUUCUGAUGGUGUUGGUGGUAGUUGCAAUGGGAAGAGGAAAGAGAUGGACCUUUUUGCCUUAGAAUGCAGCAAAAAGCCAAAGAUAAUUGGAGCCUUAUAACAUUAAAUUACGAGCUACUUUUUAUCUGAAUGAUUCCAAAAAAUAAUCAUGAGGAAAAUAAUUAGGAGAAUUAAUGGUGUAGUUGCAACCUGCAACUUGCAAGAAUGCACGUUGCAAAAGCUGAAUUGUACAUUAUUAGACAAAAAUUUGUGAUAUAAGGGAAAACACAACAAUAAUUGUUGUGUAUAAUCACAAAGAAAGUUUUUGAAAAUAAUAUGAAGACAAAAGUGUUUAUUUUGUAAUAUUAUCUUCUUACAUAUGAUCAAUAUUUGAUAUAAUGUGCCAUGAAUACUUGAUAUUGAAGAUGGAUAUGGUGCCGUGUAGUUUUUUUAUCUCAA